CCUCUUGCUCCAGCUGAAGCAGAUGAAGGAGUUGGAGCAAGAGAAGGACUCUCUGCUGGCUGGUCUGGAUGUGUUGGAGCGGGCUAGAGAGUGGUACCAGACCCAGAUCCACAACGUCACCGAGAGACAGAGACACGUGGGCCAGAGCAACCACUGCACGGUAAGGACUGUUCAUUAGGCAACAAACAGAAGAAAACAAACUGAAACAGGGAGGGACUACCUCCUGGACUUGUCCAUUUUCCGUUGCAAAACGUUUUAAAGCUUUUUCUGUUUUAAAAAUGAAUAUGCCCUAAUGAACAUGACCCAGGUCAUGUAUAAUGCAGUACAGUAGGUAUGGAUAAUAUAUACAUUAUCUGAAACUGUCUAGUUCUUACUGUCUCGCGUUCUCUCUCCCACCAGGAUUUCUUCACAGAAUCCCAGAAUCAAAGUCGCAUGGAUGUUCUGCUUCCCAAACUGCAGGAAGUCAACCGCUGCCUUAAUGACCUAAUUUCCUGCUCUGGAAUGGUAUUGAUGAUUUACCUUGAAAUAAGACAUAUUACCUGACUUUGUCUAACUCCGCCUCCUCACCGCCCUAUGAGGGAUGGUUGUCUCAUAUGACUGUGUCUAACUCCGCCUCCUCACCGCCCUAUGAGGGAUGGUUGUCUCAUAUGACUGUGUCUAACUCCGCCUCCUCACCGCCCUAUGAGGGAUGGUUGUCUCAUAUGACUGUGCAAUUUCUAAGGUCAAUUUGAAUUCCACAGUAAUUGUCAAGUUACUUAUUUUCCUCUUACUGGAGUCCUCUCAGUGGCAAUUAGAUGUUGAAUGUUCGUUCUAUGUUUUAGACAGAGAGUAUAGUCAACCCUAAACACUGGAGUCUUUACUGAAACAUGGUAAAUAAUUGUGAAUAAUCUAUUUAUUUCUCUCUCUCUGUCUUAGCAGUCUUUCCCAUUCUCUGGCAACCAGCCCACAGCGAUCUCCUCCAGCUCCCAGCCCCCUGCCCCUGCCCCCCCACAAGCCAUUCAGAGACUGAAGGACCAGAACCGCCUUCUUACCCAGGUAAACUGAAGAUGCUGUUAGAUGUCAAUUAAAUGUACUGUAUAUAUACUGUAUAUAUAUCCAUCACCACUGCCCGUCUAUGAUCGUCUAACCUCUACCUAUCUCUUCUCUUUUCCCUGCUGCAUUGAAGCUCUGUAUGUACACUCCUUAAAUGCGCAAUAAAAGCUUGUUUAAACUCUCUUCUCCCCUGUCCAUGUCUCCCCUCCUCAUUUCCUCUCUCCACCACUCCUCCUCUCUCCACCCCUCCAACCCUCUCUACGUCCCGGUGCAGGAGGUGACUGAUAAGAGUGAGCGCAUCACUCAGCUGGAGCAGGAGAAGUCUGCUCUGAUCAAACAGCUGUUUGAGGCUCGCGCCCAGAGCACGAACGACAGCAGCACCAUGGACUCCACCUUCAUCUGAAUACAGACACCAUAAUACAACUAUACUGGUCUCCAGCUCUAUCUGACCCCCACUCACAACAAGACAACUGCAUCAGACUCAACUCACCACUCCUGGCAUGAUGAAAGCACCUUGAACUUUGACCCCCCCCCCACUUGACCACUCCCUCUGGAUCUCCCCAACUGACCACUCCACUUAAAAUGGCCUGCCACUAAUCUGGGCCGACCCCUCCUGGGGGGGGGG